GCCUGAGAACUUGGAAAUAACUAGAAUUAGAUUCUUCGCAACUGUAACAGUGUGUGUAAUAAACAGUACCAUGUUAAUGAUAUAUUUUCAGAAAAGGCAGAGAACUCCAGUUGCUCCAGUAAAUCGAAUGGAGAGCUCGCGUGGCGUCCAGUGAGUAGCGGUUCUUGCCUCUGUACAGUUCUUGCUUCUGUACGAGGGCUCUGCUUGACAGGAUUUUUUUUUCCUUUUUUUUUAAUCUUUUUUUUCCUUAUGGCCUUUCGUCCCAUAUCCCCCCCUCCCCCGCUCUCUCUCUCUCUCUCUCUCUCUCUCUCGCUCUCUCUCUAUUUAUGUCUUCUCCUGUCUCUCAUUCCAAUAUCCUCCUUACUUCUUCACGCUACUGAGCAUUGAUAUGGGAUAAAUUUGAUUGGGUACUCACAAUUAGUCUUUAGUGUUUCCAUGAACUUUGACGUCGAGUGUUCUAGUUUUGUGUGAAGUGACAUCAGCAGUGAAUCAUUCUUAAAAGUUUAGAAGUCGCUAGACCAGGUGUUUUCUUAUUCGGCCAUACGUUAUGACAACUCUGGAGUAGAGAUUUCUGGAUAUUUCAUUCUAUAUCAUCUUGUGCUAUGUGCUUAAUCCAUCCAACAGAAAUUUGAUGACGAUUUGAUUUAUUUUCAGUGAUUGUUUUUUUUUAUCUCCUCAAUGAUACGUUUCUAAAUGCGUUGUAUAGUACAUAAAGUGAUCAAUUAGUAUUGUUUUUACGCCCGUAUUAGUGUGAUACUACUUUAUUCAUAUAGAUAUACAUUUCCCGAAAAAAGGAUUUAAAAUUACAAAUUAAUAUUCAUCUAUUUCAAUGUGUAUUCUAUGAGGAGUUCAGAUGCUAGAGUAGAUCUAUACCUAGAUCUAUAUUAUCACAUACUAGAAUAGGUGACAAGAUUCAGUCAGUCAGAGAGUUUCUAUUUACUUAUAUUGUGAAGUGUCCAGGGAUCGCAGCUGCUUUUCUAUCAAUUGUUACGGAGUCACUAUCAUAGCCUUUGUGACCAAACCCUUGCUGGAUAAUUCUAUAAAAGAGGAGACUAAUGACAUCUAUUCCGCUACGUUGAAGGAUACCUAACGUCAUGUACAGCUCUGACUAUAUAGAAGACCUACAAGCAGUCAACUCGCAGUAAGGUACCUGGAGAAUAAUGUGCGAUGCCAGGCACCGGGAGACCUGACGAUGUCCGACGAUUUUGAUGCCAACGAUGACCUAAACACGUUCUCCAACUGGUACUCCCAUUACCAUGGCUACGUGUCCCUCUGCGUCUGUGUUGGCGGCAUCGUCACCAACACGUUCAAUUUCAUCGUCCUGACCCGGAAGCACAUGCGCACGCCCGUCAACCAGAUCCUCACCGGGCUGGCUGUAUCCGACAUCAUCACCAUGCUGAGUUACUUGCCCUUUGCUAUCCAUUUCUACUGCAUCCAUCCAAGCUCUUCUCAGUCUCCUGAGAGGAACUCCAAAGGCUGGAUGAGCUUCCUCCUUUUCCACAUCAGUCUCACCACCGUCACUCAUACCAUAAGCAUCUGGCUUUGCGUAGUGCUGGCCAUCGUCCGUUACCUUCACAUACGCUCGCCUACUCGGGCUAGUUCUAUACGCCUCCGACGCAACAUUCAGGCCAGAUACCUGGUUAUUGGGACGUACAUUAUAUCCAUUCUAGUCAUGAUUCCCAACUACUUGACUAACGAGCUCAAAGCCAAGACCAUCCAGGAUAGGUCUGGCUUGAACGAGACGCUUACCAACGAAACCAGGCCCAAUAUGACUUUCUACUACCUUGAGAACAUUCGCUUAGGCAGCAACGACACGAACCCUUUAGUUCUGGCCAACGUCUGGAUGUAUGCGGUGCUGGCCAAGCUCAUCCCCUGCUGCCUCAUCACAAUCUUCGGCUCGUUGCUUCUCUAUCAGAUGAGGACUAAGCUGAGGCAGCGGAAGGACUUCCUGAAGGUCUCAGCUUCCAACAACCACAAGCUGAACGAACAUUCGCGGACGACUAUGAUGCUGAUGACAGUUAUCGUGCUCUUCCUGAUCACCGAGCUCCCCCAGGGAAUCCUUAUCGUCCUAAGCGCCUGCAAGGAAGGAUUCUUCAACAGUGUGUACAUGCCGCUUGGGGACGUCAUGGACAUUGGCGCCCUAGUGAACAACGCCAUCAACUUUGUGCUAUACUGCUCUAUGAGUGCCAAAUUCAGACAGACGUUCCUCAAACUCUUUUGCCGUUGCGAAAGGGACUGUGACCUUGAAGAAAACGGGUACGUCCUUCGUGAGGAUAAAAAUGAUUCUUACAGUAAUAAUAACGAGCUAGAAAACGUUCUGUAGCUAACCUUUAACCUUUAACCCUUUUUACAAAUUAACCCUUAAUUCCCGGCGCCCAGUUAGAAACUUCACCCUAUCGACAAUUGCAGUCACCAGCCUACAGCAUUUUUUAUUUGAAUGGAUAAAUUAAUGCAGACGUUUCCACGAGUUUUACAAUGUAAAUACUUGGCCUUAUAACUUUAUGUUUUAUGCGCUUGACCUCUUGGUUCCAAUCAAUGCCAUUGUGUGUGUGUGUUGAUUAUUUAUUUCAUUUUUUUUUUAAUGUGUACGAUGCUAUUACCAACUUUUUUUUUUUGUCAGUUGUCAAAAUUUAUUACAAAAUCGUACACAUGCUAGAGUGUGUGUUUAUUAUUUUGUGUUUAUUGUUUGUU